AUGCUUCUCCAAUUUGGUCGAGUUCCUACAGUUAUUAUCUCCUCUGCAGAAGCUGCAAAAGAGCUCUUUAAAGCAAAUGACCUCAAUAGUUGCAGUAGACCUCGCUUGGCUGGUACUGGAAGGCUAUCUUACACCUAUCUUGAUAUAGCUUUUACAUCUUAUGGAGAUUACUGGAGAGAAAUGAGAAAGAUUUGUGUUCUUGAACUUUUUAGUGCUAAAAGAGUUCAAUCAUUCCAAUCCAUUAGAACAGAAGAAGUGGCCUCUUCUUCUCCUGUUGAUCUAAGUGAAAAGACUUUGUCUCUUACUGCAAAUGUUACCUGUAGAGUAGCUUUUGGGGAAACUUUUCAAGAGAGAGGACUUGCCCAUGAAAGAUUUCAAGAAGUGAUUCAUGAAGGGUUGGCUAUGUUGUGUUGA